UCAGAAAGAGCUUGUGUCAACCAAGUCGACGAGGGCUCAGUGCCACACAGUUUGUCACCUCUUGGUGUUAACCUUCUUCAUUAAAAUGGACAAUGCUUUUGAUAACCUGGAUGCAGCUGGUUUCCUGGAAAUCUGGCAACACUUUGAUGCAGAUGAUAACGGUUACAUCGAGGGCAAUGAGCUAGAUGACUUUUUUCGUCACAUGAUGAAGAGACUGGGUCCGGAGGAGAACGUGACAGAUGAGAGAGUUCAGAAUCUGAAACAACGGUUUAUGUCCGCCUAUGAUGUCACAGCUGACGGGAAACUACAGAUUCAGGAGUUGGCCAAUAUGAUCCUUCCUGAAGAUGAGAACUUCCUGUUAAUCUUCCGUAGAGAAGCUCCUCUGGAUAACAGUGUAGACUUCAUGAAGAUAUGGAGGAAGUACGAUGUUGACUGCAGCGGCUAUAUAUCAGCUCUGGAGCUCAAGGCUUUCUUGAAAGAUCUGUUCCAAAAGCAUCUGAAGGAAGUGUCAUCUGAUAAGCUGGGGGAGUACACGGACACAAUGAUGAAAAUCUUCGACAAAAACAAGGAUGGCUGUUUGGAUUUGAAUGACUUGGCCAGGAUCUUGGCCUUACAGGAGAAUUUCCUGCUUCAGUUCCAAAUGGAUGCCUGCAGCAAAGAGGAGAGAAAGAAAGACUUUGAGAAGAUCUUUGACCAUUAUGAUGUUAGUAAGACAGGAGCACUGGAGGGUCCUGAAGUGGACGGCUUUGUCAAAGACAUGAUGGAGCUGGUCAGGCCCAAUCUCACGAGUCCCGAGCUAGACAAGUUGAAAGUCAUCCUGCUAGGUCACUGUGACGUCAACAAGGACGGAAAGAUCCAGAAAAAUGAGCUGGCUCUGUGUCUGGGAGUUAAACCUAAACUUAGUUAAGAGUGCUGUAAUAUUAUUAGAUACAUGGAACUGAUUGCAUGUGUUUUGAAUCAGAACGGUUUAAUUACUAGCUUUUUAAGGUUGAUGUUCAUAAUCAGUUCAGCCUUGAAAUGAUAAACACAAUCUGAUAAUGGGGAAGAAAAAAUGUAUAUAUCAACGCUUCUUCUGCAUGAAAAAAGAAACAAAAGAGAUGACAAUGUCUUCUAGGCAAAAUUGACUGUGUUGUGGUGUAUGAAUCAAAGUUUUUCAUUGUUUGGUACUGGUAUUUGUUAGCAUACUGUUUCUUUAGCUAUCUGCAUGUUUCUGUGCCAAAGUAGAGUGAAUAAAUUAAUACACUAUGUUUUAAUGUAAUUACAAUGCAUUGCAGAGGAAAUAAAGCAAUGAGCAUAAUAAUUCAGAUUUUUUGUUUUUUCCUUGCUAAAAUUAAUCAUAUAAACUUCAGUCAAAAUGUAAACUUACAUUAUUAGAUUUACAAUGUAAUAUACUUUUAUAUAUUGGACCCAUUGUCACAGAUAGUUGAUCCAGCCAGUUGAGUCAAUAUCCAAUAUCGGUAAAUUGCAAAAAUCUUUUAAAAUUAACAAUUUUAAUUUUAAUUAUAAAUGUUUAUACAAAGUCUUAAACAUUUGCCAUAUGUGUGACUUGCAGAAAUGCUGUAGCAAAAUAAUUAUCUAAAUUAACCAAUACUCUUCACUCUAUGACAUAUUUAUGCUAAAGAUAAUUCAGGACAUUGAUGAGUCAUUAUAUGAAGAGUAUUCUUCAUAUACGUUACCAAACACUAUAAUACAACAUUAUAGUAAUGUUAACAUCUUGUAAAGAAAAACUGUUCUAAGGUACACAUCUUCCCAUCUUUCCCAACAGACACAAGGUCACUGCGACACUAUUUAUGUUUGCUCCAACAAGCUGACAAAACAAGUCAGAGCUGGAAAUCAAACAGCGGCUCAGUAAAUGGGUAGAAACCAUUCCAGCCAUUAAAAGGAAGCUAAUGGUGCGGACCUAAAAGCUUUGCUCUACCUCAAACCCCUGAUUGCCUGUUCAAGUUGUCUCUAACUCUGUCUGUGUGUGCUUAUUGAACAAAGAGACACGACUACAAACCUUAAACUGUAGACUUUAGAUAGUGUGUUCAUCAACAGUAAACAGAUACUUGUGUGUAAGUGUUUUGUGUGUAUUGUACUUUAUAGUGAAGGGCUUAUGAUUGUGUAUCUGUGCUGCUGCAAAACAAAUUUAGGCUGAAAGCCUCGCUCCCCAGUCCACCCUCAUGACAGGCCUCACAUCACCCUGGGAAGGGGAACGUUUUUUGUUGUGCAUAGAUUAUAUAUACAUUAGGGCCGGGACUUUGGCGCGUUAAUUGUGAUUAAUUAAUUACAAUAUGAAUUAAGAUUAAUUAAUACACAUAAAAAUAAUGCAUUACACAUUUUUUACGCAUUUUUACACUUUUUUUUGCACCGCGGAACGUUUCCCACUGGAUGAGUUUCGGGGGGACCGAUUAUACUGGAGCACCAACUAGCGUUCAUGACUUCAAACAACAACAAACCACAGUGAACAGGAACGAAGAAGCUGACGAGACUGUGUCGGGUGGCCCCGUGAAUGGGAAAUCUUAUUAUAAUAAACACACGGAUGGAAGCGUCGAUAAGAGCGUGGUUGUGUGCAAGCUACGCAACAAGGAAUUCACAUCGAGCCUUAAGUAUCACCUCAACGCAAAACAAUUAGCAGCUAGCGUGGACGUUAGCCCCACUCCGGGUACAAGGACCCACACCCAACCCACACUGCACCAGAUGACUGGUUUGAGGACCAGGGUAACUAAGACCACGUCUGAAAAAAUAACCAAUGUUCUGAAUGUACUUGAAAGUAUUGGUCUACUUAAAAAACAUAGUUUACAGAAGGUCUACUUACCUAUAGGCUACCUGAAUUUCUGAAAGUACUAUAUUUCUAAAUAUGCUAUUGCUACACUGGAA